UGACAUCAUGGCGGACACGAUUGUUUGGGUUUAAAAAUGAGUUUAUAUUUUAGACAAUAAAUUUAAUUUAUAUUAUCUAGUUAAAAAAAAUACCUACAAUCGUUGCCUGCCACUAUAUCUUGAUACAAUGGCCAACGGACCUAUAGCAGAACGAAAUCGGGAUGCCACUAUUUAUGUGGGAGGCCUAGAUGAUAAAGUUUCGGAGUCCUUAUUGUGGGAGCUCUUUGUACAAGCAGGGCCUUUAGUCAAUGUACAUAUGCCCAAAGAUCGAGUAACGACGAUGCACCAGGGCUAUGGAUUUGUAGAAUUUAUGGGAGAGGAGGAUGCAGAUUAUGCUAUUAAAAUUAUGAACAUGAUAAAAUUGUAUGGGAAGCCUAUAAGAGUAAACAAAGCUUCGGCUCAUCAGAAAAAUUUGGAUGUAGGAGCUAAUAUUUUUAUUGGAAAUUUAGACCCAGAAGUGGACGAAAAGUUACUUUACGAUACUUUUUCGGCGUUCGGAGUAAUAUUACAAACACCUAAGAUUAUGAGAGAUCCUGAUACUGGUAACUCCAAAGGGUUCGCCUUCAUCAAUUUUGCAAGCUUUGAAGCAUCAGAUGCCUCUAUUGAAGCCAUGAAUGGCCAAUAUUUGUGCAAUAGACCCAUAUCAGUAUCGUAUGCAUUUAAGAAAGACUCCAAAGGAGAGAGACAUGGAUCUGCAGCUGAACGUCUUCUUGCUGCUCAGAAUCCAUUAUCACAGGCUGAUAGGCCCCAUCAACUGUUUGCUGAUGCACCUCCAAUAGGUUUGAUGCCCAUGUCAAUGGCCCCACCACCUCCACCAGUCAUAAUGACAGGAAUGAUGCCCCCACCACCUCCAACACUAUCAAACUUGCCACCACCUCCUCCACCUGUACCACCACCAAGUUCUUUCCCACCAGGAAUACCACCUCCUCCAUUACCUCCCUCACAACCACCUUUACCGCCUGGUGCUCCUCCAACAAUGCCAACUGCAGCAGGAGCCCAAGCCAGGCCACCUCUACCACCUCCACCAGUGGCACCUCAUGGACUGAUACCCCCACCUCCAACAUGGACAGGUGCAGCUCCUGGGAGCAUGCCCAUUCCUCCAGGUCCACCUACUCCCGCUGGAAGUGCUUCAUUUGGAGGAAUGUUCCCACCUCCUCCACCCCCUGGAGGAAGACCACCACCACCUAACUGGAGGCCACCUCCCCCACCACCACCAGGUUUUGCCGGAAAUAGACCAGCUUUCCCACCGAGAGGACCUCCACCACCCCCACCCACUUUUGAUACUAAAAUUUGAAAUGUUUGUAAUAAAAUAUAAGUAUAUUAA